AUGUCGACCAUGCCUUUGGAGCCGCCCAUGUACCUCAGCUCUCUCCAGAACAACAUCCGAGCUCGGCCCAUCCCAUGGGAGGGAGCCGUUCGAGCUGGUAACAUCACCGAUGAUCAUUUGAAAAAGAUCAAGGCAGUGGACAAGGUUCGCAAAGAUCAGAGACGUCAGACUGUAGAGGGCGAUAUCUCUGGCUAUGUAAGCCUGCUCUCUGGAAGUGCUGACGCCAAGAGUGUUCUGGACUCUGCUUCUAGGAGGACCGAUAUCGUACAGUAUAUCCUGGUGCUGGCAGCGGACUUGAUCAAUGAUGUUCCAGCGCUCUCAUCUGCCCUAAUUGCGCAUCCCGAUCCCUACAAGCCAUUUCUCCCUCUCUUGCGUCAUUCUACGAAUGCCGAGGAUCCUAUUCCGUUGCUCACUUCUACCUUCCUGACAAACCUUGUCUCUAUCAGCCUCGUGUCUUCCUCUAAGUCUGCGGCCCGAGAUGAAGAGGCACUUCCACAACUGUACACUUACCUCUCCAGUCUGACCCAAAACCAGGACAGUGGGUUGCAAGACAUUGGUGUCCAGGAGUUGUCGGUGUUGCUUCGUACAUCUAGGUCUCGGGAGAUCUUCUGGAAGCAGAGGAGAGAAACGGUUGACCCCUUGAUCGAGAUUCUACGUGCGGCGACCGGAGGCAAAGAUACCAAUUCCAGCACCGUAGCUGGCAGUUCGCGGGCGAUCGAGCCAGGUCUCUCCGGCGGUGUUGGGCUUCAACUUCUGUAUCGGGUCCUCCUUGUUAUUUGGCAGCUGAGCUUUGAAGGCGCGCUAAUUGGGGAUGACCUUCAAGCGGACCACGAAUUCCUUCAGCUGUAUACUUACCUCCUGCGCCUGUCGCCGAAGGAGAAGACAACCCGGCUUCUACUCGCAACCCUCAACAACCUCCUUUCUUCCAACCGCACAACCCUAUUGCCGGUCGCAGUUUUUGUCCGCCUCCCCGCCCUUCUUUCGAACCUUUCGGGUCGUCAUUUGACCGAUCCCGACCUUCUUGAGGAUCUCAAGACUCUCACUGACAUGCUCGACGAGUACACCAAAACUCAAACUACGUUUGAUCAGUACGCGGCGGAGUUGCAGUCCGGACACCUCCGCUGGUCUCCGCCCCACCGUAACCCUACGUUUUGGAAGGAAAAUGCCCGUCGCAUUCUGGAUGAUGCUAACCUUCCUAAGAAGCUAGCGGAGAUUAUCUCUAAGGAGUGGGACAAUGACAAGCAGGUUCUCGCGAUCGCCUGUAACGACGUGGGCCAUCUAGUGAAGGAGCUGCCGGGACGACGGGCACAGCUGGAAAGGUUAGGGUUGAAGGCGCGAGUUAUGGGGCUGAUGGCCGACAAGGACGAGUCGAAGGAUAUGCCAUGUUACUCUCCCGGCGAAUUCAUCUAUACUACCAAAGCUUCACCUCCGCCUCCUGAACCUCUUGCUCUCGCCCGACCCGUCGAUCCGUUUGCCUCGUUAUCGUCUGACCAGAAGGCUCUUCUUAACCAUUUCCUUAAUGAUGCCUCACAAAUCACUGCCUGCCAUACGGGCAUGCAAAGAGAUAUCUGCCAGAUGCUUGUUCCGAUGGCCCUCCAGACUCCGUCUUUACUAUAUGCGACGAUGGCCCUAUCGGCGAUCCACCUACAAGCCCUACACAAUCAGUCGGAAAACGUCAAGUCUGCACCAGAAAUAGCAAGGUUUAUGGCCCUCAGUUUAGAACAUUUUCGGGCGGAGCUUCAGGACCCUAACGUCAAGGGUUCGGAUGCGCUGUUGGCGACCGCACGAACACUCUGUCUCGCGGAGAUUCAUUCGGGGGCUAUUCAUCCUAACUCAUGGAGGGCUCAUAUUGAAGGAGCUAGGGCGUUGAUGGAUGCUUGUGAUACCCGAGGAGCGUUGUCGCCGCGGUCGUCGGAUGGGUUCAGGAGGUACUUGAAUCGGUGGUACCGAUCGAUUGUUUCUCUCACCGCGUUAACAGGCAAUGGGCCACCUAUUGGUGACGUUGCAGAUCAAAGCAUCUUGAGUACUGCCAACCAGCACGACUCUCCUGACUACCUUGACGAUUACUGGGGCUUCACAGUUAAUCUCGCUGCAGUCUUUCGCGGGAUAGGGGCCGCUGCUUGGCGAAGUCACCCGAGCCAACAAUCUAGUGGCGUGACACAAGUAGACGAAUUCAGCGUUCACCAUGAAGCCGCGGUUCUCGAGUCGUCCGUUCGGCGCUUGAUGGAUCAGGAAGUUGUUUCACAGCCUGCAUUCUAUCCAGGGGUGGUGGAAGGACUCUCAAGCGAGUACAUCCGUCAAUUCGUUCUAUGCAAUGAAGCUUUCCAGCAUAGUGCACUCAUUCAGAUCUAUCGUCGGUUGAAGAAAACACCAGCCUCGUCACCGGAGGUCCAAGCAUCGGUCAAGCGGAUCUUGGAAUGUACUGCUCAAAUUGGACCCUCGGCGGGGCUAAGUCCAUGGACCAUGCUUACCACACCGUUAUUCAUUGCAGGCUGCGAGGCAGGGGAUGAAGACCGGGAGAAAGUGCGCCAAUUGCUCUCCUGUUUACAUGAUACGAUUCGGGUACCGAACGUGCUACAGUCCUUGAGGUUUUUAGAGCAAUAUUGGGCGAGCCAGAUUGAUGAGAAUGAAGGUUGGAAUCAAUUCCUCGAUCGAAUGCAAUUUGACUUUAUCCCCUAUUGA